UCUGUUCCUUCGUGUUAUGGUCCAAGAUGGCCGCAGUGGCCUUUUUAACGUGUUGGCCUGUUUGUGUAGGUUCAGCUCACUAGAGACACUCGACAAACUGUCAACUGAACUCAGAAGAGUAAUUAGCCAGCUAGCCCCAGGACUUCGGGUUUGGUAGUAGACAGCUGCACUGUGUCCACAUCCUUCCUGGCCCCUCCCCUUCAGAUCUACAGCUCUAAAGAUGGGUGUAACCAACAUGGUGGUGGAGCAAUAGAGCUGACACGCCCCGUUCACUGAACCAUCACAUGUUGUUCAGAUCAGAAGUCAAAGCAGAGUCUCUUCUGAGGAAGUGAAACUCAGACACUCGUUGUUACCGAGAGGUGAAAUGGAGCUGAAAGGAGUUCAGCUGGACCAGGAGACCUUCUCUUGUUCCAUCUGUCUGGAUCUCCUGAAGGAUCCGGUGGCUAUUCCCUGUGGACACAGCUACUGCAUGAACUGUAUUAAAGACCACUGGGAUGAAGAGGACGGGAAGAAGCUCCUCAGCUGCCCUCAGUGUAGGCAGACCUUCACGCCGAGGCCUGUCCUGCUGAAGAACACCAUAUUGGCAGUUUUAGUGGAGCAGCUGAAGAAGACUGGACUCCAAGCUGCUCCUGCUGAUCACUGCUAUGCUGGACCUGAAGAUGUGGCCUGUGAUGUCUGCACUGGGAGGAGACUGAAGGCCUUCAAGUCCUGUCUGGUGUGUCUGGCUUCUUACUGUGAGAAACACCUCCAGCAUCAUUAUGAUGCACCUCCAUUCAAGAAACACCAGCUGGUGGACCCCUCCAACCAGCUCCAGGAGAACAUCUGCUCUCGUCAUGACGAGGUGAUGAAGAUCUUCUGCCGUACUGAUCAGCAGUGUAUCUGCUACCUCUGCUCUCUGGAUGAACAUAAAGGCCACGACACCGUCUCAGCUGCAGCAGAAAGGACCGAGAGGCAGAGAGAGCUGGAGGGGAGUCGACUAAACAUCCAGCAGAGAAUCCAGGACAGAGAGAAAGACCUGAAGCUGCUCCAUCAGGAGGUGGAGGCCAUCAACCUCUCUGCUGAUAAAACAGUGGAGGACAGUGAGAAGAUCUUCACUGAGCUGAUCCGUCUCAUGGAGAACAGAAGCUCUGAUGUGAAGCAGCAGGUCAGAUCCCAGCAGAGAACUGAAGUGAGUCGAGUCAAAGAGCUUCAGGAGAAGCUGGAGCAGGAGAUCACUGAGCUGAAGAGGAACGACGCUGAGCUGAAGCUGCUCUCACACACAGAGGAUCUCAACCAGCUUCUCCACCACUACCCCUCACUGUCACCACUCAGUGGGUCUACAGACUCAUCCAGCAUCAACAGCCGUCCUCUGAGAUACUUUGAGGACGUGACGGCGGCUGUUUCAGGACUCAGAGAUGAACUACAGGACGUCCUGAGAGACAAGUGGACAAACGUCUCACUGACGGGAACUGAAGUGGAUGUUUUACUGUCUGCACCAGAGCCCAAGACCAGAGAAGGAUUCUUAAGAUGUUCAUGUGAACUCACUCUGGAUCCAAACACAGCACACACACUGCUGUUAUUAUCUGAUGGGAACAGAAAAGCAACUUUAAUGAAGGAACAUCAGUCUUAUUCUCAUCACCCAGACAGGUUCAGUGAAUGGUUUCCUCAGGUCCUGAGUAGAGAGAGUCUGACUGGACGUUGUUACUGGGAGGUGGAGUGGAGAGGAGGAGGAGUUUGUGUAGCAGUUUCAUACAAGAACAUCAUGAGAACAGGGGGUGAAUGUCUGUUUGGAUCCAAUAAUAAAUCUUGGGCGUUACGUUGUAACAAUAACAGUUUUACAUUUCUUCACAACGAAGUCCACACCCCCGUCUCUGGUCCUCGGUCCUCCAGACUAGGAGUGUACCUGGAUCACAGAGCAGGUUUUCUGUCCUUCUACAGCGUCUCUGGAACCAUGACUCUCCUCCACAGAGUCCAGACCACAUUCACUCAGCCUCUCUAUGCUGGACUUGGGUUUUAUUAUUCUUAUGGAGUCACUGCUGAGUUAUGUAAACUCAAAUAGACAGAAGUGAUUUAAGGGACAGCUGGUUAAAGUCUGGGUUUUAAUUCUUAAGCUUAUUUUGUUUCCAUCAUUGUUGCUGAGAGCAGACUUUUCUCCACCUGUCAAUCAAACCUUGUGGGCGGUGCUUGUUCAUCUUGUUGCUGUGUAAAUGUCUGAGCUCCUUCCUCUGUGUGUUUAUGGAGGCUCUCACUGCUCAUGAUGAUCUUUGUUUACCUGAACUCAUAUUCAUCUGCAGGAAAAUGUAAAAUGCUGUGAGCUCUAAAUGUUUGAUGCAUGUUGUUGUUGAUGUAUUUGUUAAUGUCUCUUCCUCUGCAUGGGUCUUAAAGAGAGAAAGAAGAGAUUCUUUAUUCUAGAUAUUUAGUUCUUACUGCUUUUUGCAAAGUGUUCUAUCAUUUCAUUUGUGUUCAUUAAUUUGAGAGAUUAAAUGUUGUUGUUGUCGUCCGAAUCAACAUACACAUGAUGCACUAUGUUGUGUUAUAAAAUAUCAUAAUCAAUAAGGACAUCUUUCAUUAUUCUUUUACAUAACUGAUAUUCUGGUCAAACGCAUUGAACAGGUUUACAUGAUGAAUAAAGUAUAAUAAAGUAC